AUGAGUCUGAUCGACACGGUUUAUUUAAAAGAUGGUCGCACAUUUGUACCAUUGAAAGGAAUUAUGGGCUUGAUCGAUAGCUUAUUAGAAAUUCGAUCUCAAAACAUGAUUGUCAUUAAAACAGAACCAGAUGAAUCAAUGACAACACAUUGCAACAAUGGAAAUGAUCAAAAUGGCUCAUAUCUACGUCAUCAACCAGAAUCAAUUACAACAAUACCUUCUCAUCACACUUCAACAUCACCUGAAACAACAUUUUCAUUAUGCAACCUUAAACUAUUAUUGGAUCAGCUCAAUCCUGUAUUGAAAGCUUUGCAAAAUGAAUCAUCAAAAUCACUAUGCAAUAUGUCACAAGAAAACCAUUCUGAAAAUUACUGGAUAUGGCGUCUUGAAAAUACCAUCAAGAUUUCCCAAUUUACAAUUGAAGCAGUAGAACGUAAAUAA